AAAAAAUCUGAACAACAAGAGCACCUUAAAAGCCUUAAAAACCCUAGACGCAUUUUCUUCCUCUCUUUCAAGAUCAAAACACGCCGUUCGUCGCUUAUAUUGUUCCAUCCUCUAGAAUUUUACUCGGCAGCUACAGAGGUGAAAAUGAGUCGUGGAGGUGCAGCAGCUCCAAAGGGGAAGAAGAAGGGAGUUUCCUUCACCAUUGAUUGUUCGAAGCCUGUUGAUGACAAGAUCAUGGAGAUUGCUUCUUUAGAGAAGUUUCUUCAGGAGAGGAUUAAGGUUGGUGGUAAAGCAGGUGCUCUUGGUGAUUCUGUCUCCAUAACUCGUGAGAAGAACAAGAUUACCGUCACUUCUGAUGGCCAAUUCUCCAAGAGAUAUCUCAAGUACUUGACAAAGAAGUACCUGAAGAAGCAUAACGUGAGGGAUUGGCUAAGAGUGAUUGCAGCAAACAAGGACCGUAACCUCUAUGAGUUGAGGUACUUCAACAUCGCUGAGAACGAAGCAGAGGAAGAAGACUAAAUCCAUUAAUUUUAUGUUCCUCUCUUCCUGUUGGUUUUGUUUUGAUUCUCUACAAUUAUCUCUGUUUUUUGUUUAGAUACUUUUUAGUUUGAUUGAAGUAAUACUCUUUCUUUUGUUGUUGGGUUCUUGAGCUUUCUAUGAAGUCUGUUUUCCCAGACAGUGUUUUCGAUAUAAACGAAUGGAGAUUGCGAAUGAUUCGUUUA